AUGAAAGGACUGCCGCUCAUUGAAGAUAUCGCAGAUAACUGGGAGAAUGUGCAGAGGUUCCAAGCCCGAGAAGACGACCUGCUGUUAGUGACCUACCCUAAAUCAGGCACUACGUGGAUUAGUGAAAUUGUGGAUCGGAUGUGUAGAGACACCUCUGACAGAGAGACAAAGGACAUAUUCCAGAGGGUGCCCUAUCUUGAGUUUGCUAUGCCAGGCAAUACUUCAGGAACAGAAUUGCUGGACAAACAAGAUUUCCCUCGAAUUAUAAAGACUCACCUGUCUGCUGAAACCUUGCCGCUCAGCUUCUGGGAGAAAAACUGUAAGAUCAUCUAUGUAUCCCGGAAUGUGAAAGACGUGGCUGUGUCAUUUUAUCACUUUCAUCGCAUGGCGACUCACUUACCGGAGUCGGGAUCCUGGGAAGAAUUCCUCGAAAAAUUCAUCAAGGGGAACGUUGAAUACGGGUCGUGGAGUGACCAUGUGAGAUCUUGGUGGAAGAGGAGACAACAAAGGAACAUAUUGUACUUGUCCUACGAGGACAUGCUGGAGGACCUGAGACGGGAGAUUCAGAAGGUAAUGAUGUUUCUUGGGAAGGACCUGUCAGAUGAGGUUCUGGAUGAUAUUCAGCGCCACACCACAUUCAGCGUUAUGAGAGAAAACCCGAUGACCAACUACAGCAAUGCCCACAGAAUGGACCAAACCAUUUCCCCCUUCAUGAGGAAAGGAAUCUGCGGUGAUUGGAAGAACCAUUUCACAUUGGCUCAGAGGGAGAGAUUUGAUGAGCAUUAUCACAAAGAGAUGGCUGGAAUGGACCUGACCUUCCACUUCUAG